AUGGCGACCCAUCCAACCAGACCACAAGAACAGGAUGACCUUCAGGACAUCGACGAGGCCAUUCCUUCAAAUGGGUGUGGCGGCUGUUUUCGGCUAUUCGGGUUUGGGUUUGGGUUCAAUCGGAACGGUAAUUACGAAGGUAGAAGUCUUCUGCAGCAGCAAGAGGGAUGGGAAGAGGAGUCUUGGAUGGUGAGGAAAUUGAAGAAGCUGAAGGAUGUUUCAGAAAUGGUGGGUGGACCCAGAUGGAAGAACUUCAUCAGAAAAAUGGGUGGCUUUUUUAAGAGGAAAAAACAGAGGAAAAACAGGUUUCAGUAUGACCCUGAAAGCUAUGCUCUCAAUUUCGACGACGGUUUCGAUGGGGAAGACGACGAUCAUCAUCCUCCAAUUGCCUUUUCUACGAGGUUUUCUAUUCCUUUGGCUUCAAGUGAUUGUUGA